AGCGAGCAAGCGAAACAGCACUAUACAAGUCGUCUUCUUCUCCGUCCCUUGGGCCACCUGGUGUUCUUCUAUACCACGCGUCCACGCCACUGCUAAGCUGCUCCCCGUUCGCCAGGUCGGCGACCAGGCGAAACGUGCUGCUGCAAGAAGAAGAAUAGGUACACAGACAGCAUGUCCGGAGUUCAGGCGAUGCCGGCGGCCGUGGGCGUGGCGGGGCUGAGAGGGUCAGGGUUGGUUAGCAGCAGCAGUACCGGCUUGUUCGCCGGCGACUGCAAGAGGAAGGCUCGUCGCCCGGCGUGCUCGGCCUGGGCCCUCAGGCAGAGCCGGAUCGGCAGCAGGAGCAGGAGCAAGAGGGGCCUCGGCAUCGUCUGCAACCUCGCGGGACAGUACGAGGAUUCCUUCGACGACGUCCAGCGGCAACUGAUGAACUACUUCACCUACAAGGCCGUGAGGACCGUGCUGACCCAGCUCUACGAGCUGAACCCGCCGAGCUACCGCUGGUUCUACAACUUCGUCGCUGUCAACAAGCCUACCGACGGCAAGCAUUUCCUCCGUGCUCUCGGCAAGGAGAGGCAGGAGCUCGCAGAGCGAGUGAUGGUCACCAGGCUUCACCUGUACGGGAAAUGGAUAAAGAAAUGCGACCAUGCCAAGACGUACGAGAAGAUCUCCGACGAGAACCUGGCGCUGAUGCGGGAGCGGCUGAUGGAGACGGUCAUCUGGCCAACCGACGACAGCAGCACGGAGAAGAUCGGCUGAUGCCUGAUGCCUGCGGAGGCGCCGAGUCCUUUCGGGUUGCUGAUCAAGCUUAGCUCCUUCUAUUAGCAUGUAGAGCAGCACUCUGGGUUUCUCUAUCAGUCAGUCAGUCAGCCAGCCAGUCAGUGGGUUGUAUAUAAUCGGAGUUGUAGUAGACAGUAUACAUUUCUCUGGGCAGGCAAUCACUGUUUGAGGUGUUAACAGUGCCGUUUUGCCCUCCCAAUUAAGCCUCUACAGUCGGUCUAAGUGAAGCAAAAAUGCUUACCUUGUAGUAGCUAAAUUUACAUGUGCGGGGAUAUACGUUGUAAUAGAAUAUUUCUGCGCCC